AAUCGAAUUAUUGGUCUGACAAUAACACAAAUUUAAUGUUGGCGUAGGCAAUCAGGCACGGAACCUAGAGCUGACCCGGCGAGCUGAUCUACUCUAGUCUCUUGUUCCUUUCUUGCCUUUGGGCUCACCUAACCGAUCCUCCAUGGCGACCCUCACCUUGCCGCCGACCGCCGCCGCCGGCCAGGCCACCCAAGAAGGCUUACCAGACGGGAUCAAGAGCCCAGCCGGCGAUGCUGCAGAUCCAGCGGGCUUGGACUCCGGGUGGGUGGUUCUUGGAAAAUCGGACAUCGUCCCGGCGGAUUUGGCCGCGGCAGCGGCCGCCGCUGGCCAUCAGCGCCUCGGAUUCUCGCCCCUGCCGAUGAUUCCUAUCUGGGCGCAGAUGGUGAUUGGGGGUGUGGUUUACACGGUUGUGCCGUUUUACAAGAGGGCCAGGAAGGUCGAAGGAGAAACGUUAGACAAUGUGGAAACUGCAGUGGAGGUUGUGGAGCAUGUCGCUGAGGUGACAGAGAAGCUAGCUGCUAAUGCGGCCAGUUCCCUUCCAGAGGAUGGGUCUCCGGAGAAGGUGGCCGUGGAAGUUGAGUGCAUUGCUGAAGUAGUGGAUAAGGAUGCACAUAAGGUUGAAGCGGUCAUUAAAAAGAUUGAAGAUCUGAGUGACCGGAUCGACGCCGCAGUGGAGCCUGUCAUUGAAGAGCUCGAGAAGGACUUCAAACCGGACCCAACAUCCACUGGUGGAUCAGAUGCCCAGAAGUAAUACUUCAUGUAGAUUUGGGGGGGGGGGGGGUGCAAAACUUAAGUGUUCCUCGUUGUAAAUAUUGUUGUUGUUUUUCCGUUCUUCCUGAAUGCCUUCGUGUAAUUAUAUGCUUUCGAUGCCCUAUGAACUAGAACUGCACCAUGGCUACAGUAAAGACAUGGUUAUGGUGCGUGCUGGGUGCUCGAAUCUGGAGCGUCCUGAUGGUCAAAAUGUAUUGACAACUACUACACUGAAUGUGGAUUGCUGUAUGAAUUUUUAGGAUUUUUAAUUUA